AUGGCGGAAUCUGCAACGAAUUCAGUUCAGAAUGAAUUGAAUAAUGCAAAUUCAGGACGUAAUGAGUUGAACAAUGUUGCUAAUGGAGGUAAUAAUUUGGAUCCUCUUUUUGUAUCAAAUUCAGAUAAUCCAACUUCUUCAUUAGUAUCUGUAACAUUUUCUGGAACGAACUUCAUUAGAUGGAGUCAGAAUGUUAGGCGAGCAUUAAUUGCAAAGAAUAAAGAUGGCUUUAUUACUGGAUUAACAUCUAAGCCUAACGAAUCUAGUCCAGAUUAUUUGAAGUGGACUAGAGCAGACUAUAUGGUUAUGAGUUGGAUUCUAAGCUCAAUGAAUCCACAAAUAGCUGAUGAUUUUGCGUAUGUGAGUAAUUCAGUAGAAUUGUGGCAAGAAUUGAAUGAAAGAUUUGGACAAUCUAAUGGUCCACUAAUCUAUCAAUUAAAGAAAGAAAUUGAUAGCUUAAGACAAGAAAACCUUACCAUAAUUGCAUAUUAUGGAAAGAUUAAAAGACUCUGGGAUGAAUUGAAGUCUUUAAGAAUGACACCUUCUUGCUGCUGUGGUGCUUUGAACAAAUGUACAUGUCAAUUUGUUAAACGAUUGGCAGACAUUGAGGCAGAAGAUAAGCUAAUGCAGUUCUUGUUAGGAUUGAAUAGUGGCUUUGAAAGCACUAUUACUAACAUACUCUCAAUGGAACCACUGCCUACUAUCAAUCGUGCUUUUUCUAUAACACAACAGAUAGAAAAACAAAAGGAGAUAUCUGGUGUUCUGGAGAUUGGAGAAAGUAGUGCCAUGGCAGUUCACAAGUAUAAUCAAGGGAUGUCUGCUGCAAUCCAAAGAUUUCAAGGGAAGAAAGAUUGGAAGAAAGAAAAAUUAGAAAAGAAGUGUGAUCAUUGCAAAGGGAAAGGGCACACUAUGGAUCAAUGUUUCAAGAUAAUUGGAUACCCUGAGUGGUACACAGCUGUGAAAGGUGCAAAAGGUGGUAAUGGAGGAAGCACAGGAGGAAAUAGGAAAUUUGCUCCAAUGUUCAUGUUGAUAAUAAUGGACAUUAUGAUACUCCACUGGAUUAUGAAGAUAAUUCAGAUUGUCAUGAUAACAAACAGAUGA